AACCCUAACCCUAACCCUAACCCUAACCCUAACCCUAACCCUAACCCUAACCCUAACCCUAACCCUAACCCUAACCCUACCCCUAACCCUAACCCUAACCCUAACCCUAACCCUAACCCUAACCCUAACCCUAACCCUAACCCUAACCCUAACCCUAACCCUAACCCUAACCCUAACCCUAACCCUAACCCUAACCCUAACCCUAACCCUAACCCUAACCCUAUCUUGGCCCUAACCCCAUGUUAA